AUGUCUUCGCCCAAGAUUGCCAUUAUCGGUGCUGGUCCCGGUGGCCUCACUCUGGCACGUAUUCUUCACGUCAAUGGCAUUCCCACAACAAUAUUCGAGAAGGACCCUGAUCGCAAAUUCCGCCACACGGCAGGAGGUUGCCUCGACCUCCAUGAGCACUCGGGCCAAAAGGCCCUCCGUGAAGCGAACCUGUUCGAAGAGUUCCAAAAGCACGCUCGCUACGACGGCGAGGCUCUCAUCCUGACGGACAGGUUCGGCAAAGAGCACGUCAACGUCAAAGGCAUCGACACGGGCCGCCCCGAGAUCGACCGCCCCGUCCUCAGGCAAAUGCUGCUCGACUCGCUGCCAGAAGACUACGUCCGCUGGGGCCACAGCCUCAAGCGCGUCGAGGCCGACGGCACGCUGCACUUCGAGCACACGACGGAGCGCGGCUUCGACCUCGUGGUGGGCGCCGACGGCGCGUGGUCCAAGGUGCGGCAGCUGCUCAGCACCAUCCCGCCCUUCUACUCGGGCAUCACGGGGCUGGAGUGGUGGCUGCACGAGCCGGACCGCACGCACCCGCAGCUGUCGGCCGCGCUGGGCGACGGGUCGUACUUUGCCUUCGGCGACGAGGAGGGCCGGUGCCUGGGCAGCCAGCGCCAGGGCGACCGCAGCGUGCGCACCUACGCCUUCCUGCGCAAGCCCGAGUCGUGGAUCCGCGACUGCGGCGUCGAUUGGCAGGACCGCGACGCGGCGAAGAAGUUCCUCCUGGAAAGCGAGUUCGCGACGUGGCCGCAGAAGCUGACAGACGUCAUCGGCGCGUGGGAGGAGGGCGCCAUCAUCCCCCGUCCGCUGUACAUGCUGCCCGUCGGCCUCAGGUGGCCGCACCAGAAGGGCUUCACGCUGCUGGGCGACUCGGCCCACUUGAUGACGCCCUUUGCCGGCGAGGGCGUCAACGCCGCCAUGUGGGAUGCGAUGGACCUGGCCGAGGCCAUCAUUGCAAGCCGCUCGGAUCUGGACGCCGCGGCUUGGUCGUACGAGAAGAAGAUGUUCCCCCGCGCGGAGAAGAUCCAGCAGAUGACGUGGGAUAGCUUGCGCAGCCGCUUCGACCGCGGAGGCGUGGCACACUUGAAACAGCGGUUUACGUUCUUGAUGGAAAUGAGGAAGAAUGGAGAGAGGGUGAAGGACGGCGGUAUCGGUUCAGAGGUGAGCGCUGAGUGA